UUUGCAGGUGAAAUAUUUGGUUCCAUGUUGUUUACUGUAUGUGUGUGUGUGUCCACAGUCGUGCCGGUGGCCACCCUCAGCGUCAGCGGGGGAGGAGGAGGAGGGGGCGAGGCCGGUGUUCGUGAGGGCGGCUCUGUCACCUUCACCUGUCACCUCAAGGCCAAUCCUAAGGUCUAUAACGUCACCUGGUUUCAUAACGGGCGACCGCUGCGACGGGCGGAGUGGGGGCCGCAGGCGACCAACACCACCCUGCGCCUCCACAACGUGACGGCCGACAUGCGUGGCUUGUACACCUGCCUCGGUAGUAACCAGGAGGGUGACGGCCAGAGCAACGCUCUCAACCUCAACGUCCAGUAUCUUGGCGAUAUUUUAUCGCGAAAGCUAGAUUCCUUGCUGCUGGGUCGGGCGUUUUAA